ACUAACCAAGUGGGACCAAAACAGUCAUUAUUUUUUCGCGGCCAUAGCGCGUAAGUGCUCUCACCGGGUCUAUUACUACAUAGUUAUCCGCAGUAAGUCUAAAUUCGUUGGUCCGCAAUUGAAGAAGUUGUCAAAGAGCACGUUGAAGUUGUUAUUUACGUAACACCGUGCUGGUUUCACUGCCAACUUUUAACAAUACCUGAUAAGCAGAGAAGAUGGAAGUGAUUGAUCUUUCCUCUGAUGAUGAAGGACCACCUGCAAAGAAGAGAUCCAGUGGUAUAACCGCUAAAUCUUCAAUAAAACUUGAACCAACACCUAAGGCCACUGACGAAUUGGAGGUUUGUGAUGUUAUUACCAAUAAAAAAAAACGCAUUAGUGAGCCAAUUAGAUCUCCUCGGAUCAAGAGAAUCAAACCGACUGCCAUUCACAAAUUAUUUGGGACAGUGAACGCCGACUCAGAUAACGUAUCUGCAGUACCUCUGACGCAGAAAAAGUCUGAAAAUGGAAGUUGUACACCAUGGAUUAGUAGAAAGCGACCAGAGAGUAUCCCACUACAGCCCAAUCCUUGCUCUGGGAAGUCACAAACCGAAAAAAAAAAUAACAAACUAGUGAAAGAUGAUUGUGAUAUUCAGACAAAGCAAAUUUCAACCAAUGACGAUUCUUCUAAAAAAACAUCAAAGGAUAGGCAGACAUCACCGCUGAAACAAACUGUGAAACCAACUCUAGUGGUUAAGAGUAGAAUUCAGAUUUCUGAUGCCCAAGAAGAUGCCUUGCUAAUUACUGAAGAAGGCUUUCAAUCUUUCUUAGAUGCUUGUAGGAGUAGAGAUCCAAGCCAAGACAUGCAGAUUAUUUUAUCAAAGCUGAAAAAACGAUUUGAUAGAUUACAACCAUCUUAUGCAAAGUCUGCAGCAUUCCAACACUUACUUCGUUGUAAGACAAAAUUGAUCUUACAGGAUUCUUUCCAGACAAAUCUUUUUCAUAAUAUUGCUGAGGUCAUGGAUGAGAUGAAGGCUCGACAAGUAGGAAAAAAAAUUCAAACGACUGACAAGGAUCAUCUUUCUGUUGACGAACCAGAAACUUCCAAGGACUUGGAAUCUGUCAAAAAAUCUCCAGAUAAUACAAGGGAAAAUGAGGAAGUAAUGACAACUGAGGAUAUUAGAAACAAAAACAAGUUGCGAACUCUAGAGAAGGCAAUGAGGCGCUGUAAACGUCUGAUACAUAAGUGUGAAACUGCAGAAGUCAACUUUGACGAUGAGUCUGAUAGUCACUACAUCUUGACUGAAAAAUACAAGUCCAGAAUGGUCCAACUCUAUAAUAAAUAUUGUGAAAUUACCGGAGAACGACCAGAUGCGGCCAGAUCUUAUUUAAGACCUAAACAUAUUUCAUUGACACAGAUUCCACUGCUGAAUAACGCGAUAACGAGUUUCAUAAAUAGCAAGAUAACACAGGCAAAUAACUUAGCUGCUCUUUGCACGAAAAGCAAUCGACUAGUACGAUUGACCGAUGCUGUCGUUUUUCCAGACUACCAAGAUAUAUUAAACUGUGUCAAAAAGUGUAACGAAGACGAAAAUUUGGAACUAACGAAGCUCACACAACAAAAUAUAGCAAAAAAAGCUUUCACUGAACUAGGGAAAAACUUGCAGCGUUAUCGACAACUCGACUAUUAUGAUACCUUCUCGUUGUAUCUUGAAAAAGAAAGCGUUGAUCCAGCAGCAGAGGAUGAAGCCCUAGCUGAGAAAUUACGCAACAAUGAUGAAAUAGGCAAAGCGAAAUUGAAUGCAGUCUUUGAAGAAUUUGUAGCUAAACAAUCUUCAGAAAAAACUGAUGAACAGGAUUCCAACUCAACAGAAACCAAAGCAGAUGAAACUGAUGAUGAUGGUGCUUCUGACAAUGAGAGCCAGCAUUCUGAUUCAAGUAGUAAUGAUAUACUCAACAUUGAGGUAGAUAGUGCUGAUGAUAGCAGUGAUUCUCAGAAAACGCUAAAAUGUGUUGGUGUAAGGGAUGAAAGCGAAACUCAUAUAGCAAAAUCAAAUGAAGAAACAGAGAAUAUCAAAGAUUCCGUUGCUCUUGGAAUUAUUGAAGAAGAUUAUGUAAAUACAGAUCUUAAUGAACGUAAGACAGCCGAUAUUCUAGAAGGUGAUGAAAAGAAAACAGAAGAAGAUAAAAGCAAAAAAAUGGGUGGUAAUGAACGUACAGAAACCAAAGAUGAUGAAAUCACUCAAAUAGAAGAUGAUAAUAGUAUAGAAAUCGAAGGCAAUGCAGGCGCAGAAGACAGAGAUGAUACAAUUGAUUCAUCUACAUCCACACCUUCUAGCGUAGUCUCUUCUAUACAAAUAACUCGAGUAAGGGAUCAGUGUUCGAAAAUAAGUGUAGCCCCUGGGAAUACCAUUGAGAGCAAUUCACCGCAAGCCGAAGUUGAGGAAAUAGCAUGUACAUCCACCACUUGCAAAGUUGCCGUAGUGCGAUCAAGUGAAACAAAAGUUGUCGCGAAAUUGAUGGACGACUUACCAGUGGAGCCUGCAACAAAUUCGACAGUCAUUGAUGCUCAAGCAGUGACUACCGAUCUCGAACCCAUUGAGGAAGAAGAAGAUACUCCACCUGUCUUGAGGGUCAGAUCAUUUGCCAAGUCACCCGGCUUUUGGUCAGAUUCUCUGUCUCCGCCAAAAACCUGCAUCCCAGAUUCUGCAAUGACGGAAGUGACAAGUACUACUAGUUCAGAGCUGAAAGAAGUGGAAAGAGCAUCUCCGGGCUCAAAAAUCAUCUCUUCUGUAUCCCACGCACGAAAGACAGCCGGAAAAGUUAGUAGAAGCCCUGCAGCCAAUGGCAACAAUCUCGGUAUCGACAGCCCUCAUACUUUCGCAAAAGCAUCCAAUAAUUCGAAUUCAAUACAACAAAAAAGCACAGUUAGCACAACAGUCAAACGGCCUAUUAACAGAUCUAUUAAUCCUGUUCGGUUGAUUGGUUCAACAAGUAUUACUAUCAUACCUCAAAGACGGGUUAGAAUUAUACCAUCAAAACCAACAUCGUCUGGCAACAACCGGUACCGGUAGUAAGACGUGCAUCAGGUUCUGUAACCUUCAAAGUGAUCGUGCCAGCAAGUGUCAAGGAAGCACUCAAGGCCUCUAAAAAUCAGGGAUAUCCGAGUCGGCCAACGUCUACUGCUAAUUCCAACGUUCAAGUCACAUCUUCAACAACUAGUGGGCUGCCUUGCAAUGUGACAUUAUCUCAGUAACUACUGCCAAGCAAAAAAAAAAUGUACAUCCUAAACCCCAAGAUGUAUACCUACUUAUUCAAUCGAAUAAGAGCCCCGUAUGAAAAUUAUCUAUAUUUGACUUUGAUUGUAUUAUCCUACUUAUAACGUUUGCCCUAAAUUUUUUUUAUGAAUAAAGUAUACGACUUGAAGCACA